GCAACACUGACCUCAUUUCUGCAGGCUCUCGCAGCUUAACCACUGAUUAGGCAAAGAAUUUUAAUGAAUUCAUUGAUUUUUUUGAUUUAGGUAGCCUUCCCAAAGUUGGACAUUGGCUGCUUAACAUUCCGGUACAAUGAAUGAUUUAUCUUCUGAAAUUGACCUUGACGUGCUUGAUGAAGAAGGAAAACUUUAUACAGCCGAUUCCUUAAACAAUUUAAACAAACUCAAUGUGUGUAUUGAUCCUCAAGAACUAUUAUCAGAUGAGCUCCCCAGUAUCUCAAUAGACAGUGUUUUGCAAGACACCAAAGAGAGUCCUAAUGACCUACAGGAAUGUACUGAAGCAGACUCAUUUAAACAGCUGUCAAGGAUGACCAAAGAAAAUGAACAUUCACCACUGUGUAAAUCUGAAACUAAUGAAAAAUGGCUCAGUUCCUCAAGAUGUCUGUGCAUACUACUCAUAGUUGUUGCAGUUGCUUUGGUGGCCAGCCUUCUUUUGUCUUGUUAUGCUGUGAUUUUAAUGGUGGAAACUACAGAGAAAAUGGAUAUCCUGACCAGCACUACUUCAGAAGAAAAAUACCUUGCAGAAUUAUCAAGAUGGAGAGAUAUAAUUAAGGGAUUCAUUAACCAGUCAAGAGUUACACCAUUGGCAGUGACGGAUUAUAAAGAAACAAAAUUUUCUCAUAGUUUAACUGAUGACUAAAUGCAGAAGUGAAAUGCAGCUGUAUCAACUAAGUGCAGAUUAGCAAUUAUAAUGCGGACACUAUAGGUCUUGAAUUAUCCCUCUUUGAAAGUUGCUCUGCCUCCGCAGUGCUUUGGAUUUAUUGGGAUUGAGAUGGAGUCAGCAAUUUCACAGGGAAUGAUUACCUUUAUUAAAAAUGACACUGAAUAGCAGUAUUAGAGUUACACUGAAUGGGUCAGUGUGUGUCUGAAGACAGCCACUAUCCCUGUGCCUUGCACUCAUUACUGCCACGAAGAGAAGCUUUUUGACUCAAAGCUGCAACAGCUAUUAUGAGUCAACAAAGGGCUUGCUCAAUUCUCAUUUACUUUUAAGGAGAAAACCUUUUUUUUCAUUUAAAUACAUACAGAAAGCAAUUCAUAAUAAGUAGCAUUUUCUGUCAAAAAAAGUAAAAGUUAACACUUAACAAACUGUGUUGGAAUCCAAAAGCCUGUAUUAAUUCAACAUUCAUUGCAAUUACAUUGCAUUUAUUUUGUUGUUAUCUAAAGUGAAUUAAAAUGUUAAAAUUGUUUACAUGAUUUUGUAUAGUAUAAGGGUUAAAUGUUUUGCUCACUUUUCAUUGAACCAGAAACCUUAAGGGGUUGCACUCCAUCACCAUGACCACUGUGUCUUCUUUACUUCUUUACUUUAAAAAAGCGAGUAUUGGAUGCUUUCUCAGUAUUGACGUCAUAUAUAAUAUGGACAUAAUGGUUUGCAUUGUAAAAGUUUUCAAUUCACCUGAAAUGUUCAGCUUUAUGAUGAGGAGAAAAGCUCAUCAACAUUGAAGAAAUGAGUCUGGAAUCUGGCCCUUAUAAAAAAAUUAGAAUGUUGAACAACAUAUUUAGGUGUAAUGAAGGACUUUCACUACCAGAGAAACGAACCACAAAAAGAAAGACACUUGCCAAGCUGAGAAAAAAGUUUGGACAAACUGCACUCUACUUAAUAUUGGCAUUGAAACUGCAUUAAGCUCUUAAACCCAUUUGUGAAAGAAACUGAUUUCAUAAAAGGUAUAGAAACAAAAGUAGAGGAUUUUCCACUUAAAAGAAGUAUUUUGUUUGCCUUAUUAAAAAGAAAUAUUGAUGUCAGUAUUUGUGCAAUAGUAGAAGGCAUCACAAAGUUAAGUCCAAAAUAUAUCAGAAAUCAUUUGUGCUCCAACCUGAAAAUAAAUUUAGUUUAUUUGGAGCCAACUAAAAGCAGAUAAAGGGGAAAGUACUGUAGACAUCCCAAACUUCAAAGAACAUUGACGGGUCUGUCCUGUACACGUUAAUGCUUUGAGUGGGUCAAUGUUAUUAAAAGCAGAUCCAAAUCUCUCUUUACAGUAUACACACAAUUUCAUAUGAUUUGCCACAACAUCCAUGAGGAAUUUUAGCUAAUCUAAUCUAAUCUAAAAAAUCUAGUCUGGUUUAUAUUCAGAUAAAUGGUCUAAUUCAUGUACUGAUAAUAUAUAUGUAAUAUUUUGAAAUAUCAUUUUCUUUUUCCUCUACAUCCUCAAGUUGGACUAUGUGCAUUAUGUAAUGCUAUCAUAGUUAUAUAUAACGAUAUUUUCUUUUUGUAUAAAUGUGGUAUCUUAAAAGCUGCCUAAUUAGCAAAUACGUACUGAAUACAGUAUGUCUCAGAAUUCUAAUAAAUUAUUUAAGGCUGUGCCUGCAAUGUUCUGUAUGUUGGUGUUGUGUAGUUCAUUUCCA